AUGAAGAAGUUGGGUCGGAAAGGAACCGUUCAUCCGUCGCCGGCGACUAAACCUGACGACCACUUUCUCUCUCUCCUCCCCGUAGCUAUCCUCUCUCUCGUGGCGGCGCUCUCGGUGGAGGACCGUGAAGUUCUUGCUUACCUCAUCUCGAAUUCCGGUGACCCAAAUCGUAUCUCUCGUCUGAAGAAAAACAAAGCCAACGAAGAUGAUCAUCACUCUCCUCUUUUUCUCUGCGAUUGCUUCAGCUGCUACACGAGUUACUGGGUUCGAUGGGACUCGUCGCCGAAUCGCCAACUCAUUCACGAGAUCAUCGACGCUUUCGAAGACAGCUUGGAGAUGAAGAAGAAGAAAAAGGAUCGGAAAAAACGGUCGGGAAAAUCUUCCGUUCGAGUUAACUCGGUCGUACCGAGUCGACUCAGUGAGUUGGGGUCGAGUUCAGACGAGUUGGCGGGUGACUCGGUGGAUAAAGGGAAUUGUGGUGGUGGUGAAGCGGAGAAGGAGAAAGGAUCAGUUGAAAAAAUUAUGAGUUUUGUUGGUCAGAAGUUUUUUGGGGUUUGGGGAUAA